AUGCCGCCACAAGCUCAUCACGGCCCAGCAGCUCCUCGGGAGCAGGGACAUGUUCCUCCACAUCGUGGCUCUGGACCUCAUCACCGGAGGCGAUCACGGUAUGGCUCUCAUUGCUCUAUGGCUCCUGUUAACGUUGGAUGUUCCAGGAGCAAACCACGGCGUCAUGCUCCCCGUGCUAAUACACCACCACCACCCUCUUGUCCAACGAAACAUGGUCAUUCUCCACCGAGGCGAGCUUCACCAAGCAACGCUCCUCCUCGGGCAGUGGCGCCUCAUCCUCCACCAUCUCACAGUCGAGAGCACGGGGCUCCUCCUCCUCCAGCAAGGGAUCAUCCAGCAGCGCCGCCUCCUCCUCCUCCAGGUCGCCAUAGGGAGAAAGGGCCGCCACCUCAAUCUCCCCCACACAGGCGCCCUGCAACUCAUGGCACCGCUCCUCCACAUCGCGGCUCGCCUUCAGGCGGGAGGACGCCUUCAGCUCGGUCGCCACCUUUCAGGUACUAUGGGUUUUUUCAUUGUUUGCCACCUGCUAAAAGAUUUUGGUUUUUCAGGAGCAAACCACCUCCUACACCGUUGAGUGCUGGUUCGGAGACACCUCCUGCUCAUCAAACCAGCGAGCAUCCCGCAAAUGGUGAUGGAACUAGCAGCGGGGGGAAUCCGUGGACGUGGGAUUGGGAUUGGGAUCCAACCAUAGAGUGGCAGCCUGGUUACGUCCCAGCUACCGGCAGCCACAGCAGCGGCUCCAUCAGCCCUGCUCUUCCUCCUCCUCCUCAUGGCGGGAACUCAGCUCCAGUGGUUGCAGGAGUGGCAGCAGUCGUGUGGAUUCCUCUCGUGGGGCUCGUGUUGGUUAUUCUUGUCCUGCUGCUCCUGGUUGUGCGGUCUUGCCUCCGCUGCCGCGAGAGGAACAGGGACGAAGUAUUCAUCUACAAUGCUGCUGCGGCUUCCGAUCGUUAUUGA